AAGGCAUCGGAUCAUGGAAGCCACUAAGGAUCCGCCUUCGCAGCCGCCGCCGCCUUUCAGCCGUGCGCCGCGCGCGCAGUCUCCUCCCGUCGCCGCCGAACAAGAUCCGCCAGAGAUUGCGUGGGAGCCCGGGACUACAUCGCAUUCCAGCCGCAAACGACAGCUGAGCCGCUUCCAUCCGUACCAUGGUUCUAAUAUACAGCUUGGCGACGACGCCACCGUGGCGUACCGCAGGGCUAGCUUUGCCGAUGCCCUCACUUUCUCGGAGCGCCCGCUGGCGCCCGGCGACAUCUUUCUGGUGGAGAUUGAAAAGAUAGAGCGCGGGUGGUCGGGACACAUGCGCCUGGGACUCACAGAACUCACACCCAAUGUGAUCCGGACCAGCAGUGAGGGCUUACCGCACUUCGCCCUGCCUGACCUGGCCAACCUGGGUAAUAGUUGGAUCUAUCCUAUCUCCAAAUUCGAGAUGAACCAGCGUCGUGCUCCUUCGAGCGACGAUGUUGGGACGGAGGCGGAAGGGGCGCCACAGAGAAACCUUCUGGGCGAUGCAACGCAUGUUAGAACCCCUCGCGGUCUCCUACCGAAAAGACUACUGCGGCCCGCCAUGGGAAACGGCCACGACUCGGAUAUCCUACUCACAGAUACCGGCUCACGCAUUGGAAUAAUAUACGUGCCCACGGUGCAAAGUACCACAAAGGGCGAGCUGCACUUUAUCAUUAACGGGGUGGAUCGGGGCCCCGUUUCGACAGACAUUCCCCUGAAUAGAGCCCCUCUGUUCGUCGUCAUAGACGUGUACGGCACCACCAAGCAAAUUAGGAUAAUCCAGCUGGAGGGCAUCCUAUCGCUCCAGAGCGCUUGCCGCAAUGUCAUCCUGGAGCACUUUUCGACGGACGCGAUUGCUCAACUGCCGCUUCCUGGGAGCAUCAAAAGAUUCCUGCUGCGCCGCGACUAGUGUUCCGUUUCAGGGAAAGAGAGUUAGCGGAGGCAAGAGUAAAGGGUGGGAAUGUGCAUGAGCGGGGUCAUGGUACGUCUAUAUAUAUUUUGUAAGUCUCCAGCAUAGCGCCAUUGAAGUGCCCAGAGAUUAUCACUGACCCCGCUCGAACUACGUCGUACGAUGACCCUACGAAUUUAUUUGUACGUUUUGUAGAUAUAUUUUAUAUUUUUAGUUCAGUUACCGGUUUACUAGACACCAUCCUCCUGCGGACGAGACUAUGUUGAAGAGCAUAACCUCUAGGAGGGAACUUGUUCCAUUACCUCUAAGUAUAUUGUUGAUAAAUGUUAUAAAAAGUGGAUCAAGUCUUGGCAUCGAAAAGUAGAACUUCGAACUGAGAGUUUAUUGAAGCCGGGAUAACAUAUAGAUUAAAAUAAAAAUUUAAAUGGAA